AUACUACGGAAUAUGACUCCUUAUGGUUAAGAGUAUUCAGCUGUAAAAAUAUUUGAUUUCGCAAAAAUACAAUGAACACUAGAAUAAAUGAUUAUAUUUUCUCGUGGAAACAGUCUAAUUUUCUUAAAUGAAUAUUACUGGCCAUGUAUACUUUAUCAAUAUGCCCUGUAGUAUUUGUGAUGAAUUAAUUGUAUAUGUAACAGUUUCGGAUAAAGCAAUUUCGGAGUUAAUUAGAUAACUGGUGAAAAAGAAAAAUGAUUCGGUUGAAGAGGAAUAUACUGAUGUUUCUGGUUGUAUUUGGAGCUUUCCCAGUUCUUGCACUUGUAUACCUAGCCUUCAACACUGACGGUGCAGUAAGUGAGUUUAGCUCAGAAGAGGGUUUGGGAAGACUGGAAGCAAAACUUGCAAGUAAAAUUAGAGAGCUGGAAAAACAGAACCAAUAUCUGCAGAAAAAACUGAGCAAAUCUAGAAACCAGUAUUUAAACAUGCAGAUGGUAGUUGGUUUACAGAAUGAAUCUGCAUCAAGAUCAAAUAGAAGUAGACUUGACUGCUUUAAUCAGCAACCAGAUAUACCAAAGUGUGAGGUGAUUCAUGUAGCGACUGUGUGUGCAGGCCACAAUGCAACAAGAGAUGUGGUUACACUGAUGAAGAGUGUUCUGUUCUACCGUAAAAACCCGCUGCAUUUCCACUUCAUCGCAGAUCUCGCUGCACAAGAUAUCUUAGAUAAACUGUUUAAAACAUGGCGCCUGAACGAGAUGGAGUGGAGUUUUUACCCAGCAGAUAGUGUUACACAAGAUAUAGAAUGGAUUCCUAAUAAACACUACUCAGGGAUAUAUGGCCUGAUGAAGUUGGUGCUGCCAAAAAUACUCCCAGAAUAUUUACAGAAGGUUAUAGUGCUGGACACUGAUAUUACAUUUGCCUCAGAUAUUGCUGAAUUAUGGAAACUGUUUGCAGUAUUAGCUAAUGCGGCUCUAGGACUUGUUGAGAAUCAGAGUGAUUGGUACCUGGGUAAAAUCUGGAAGAAUCACCAGCCAUGGCCUGCACUGGGUCGAGGGUUUAAUACAGGAGUUAUGUUAAUGAACUUGAAGAUGUUACGUGACCUCGACUGGAUGACCUUGUGGAGACAGGUAGCGGAGAAAGAACUAAUGACAAUGUUAGCUACAUCUCUUGCUGACCAGGACAUUAUAAACUCAGUAUUAAAACAGAACGCUCAACUUGUGAAAACCUUACCAUGCCAGUGGAAUGUUCAGUUAAGUGAUAACACAAGGAGUGAGCAUUGCUAUUCUGAGGUCACAGAUUUAAAGAUAAUUCACUGGAAUUCGCCAAAGAAGUUGAAAGUCAAAAACAAACAUAUAGAAUAUUUUCGUAAUUUAUACCUCACUUUCCUGGAAUAUGACGGAAACUUGCUGAGAAGGGAACUGUUUGGUUGUGGAAUGACAAAUGCAAUGGAUCCUGUGCAGGAACAGAUCAAUAAAAUUCAUGAAGAUGACGAGUGUUAUGAUUUCCGGCGAGAAAGAAUAAUUGAACACAGAACACAUCUAUAUUACCUAGAUUAUAGGUAUAAACCAGUGGACUGGGACGUUACUUUAGUUGCUCAACUUAGCAUGGACAGGUUACAGAUGUUGGAGACAAUAUGUAAACACUGGGAGGGACCAAUCAGUUUAGCCUUGUAUAUGUCUGAUGCAGAGGCCCAGCAGUUCUUACGCUAUGCACAGGGGUCAGAAACAUUGAUGAAUAGGAAAAACAUAGGAUAUCAUGUUGUAUAUAAAGAUGGGCAAUACUAUCCUGUGAACUAUCUACGUAAUGUGGCCCUGGAAAAUGCACAGACAGAAUUCAUGUUUUUGUCAGAUAUAGACUUCCUACCCAUGUAUGGUCUAUAUGAGUAUCUGAAGAAGGCAGUAAAUAUGAUGGAUAUGAGAAGUCAGAAAAAAGCCCUUGUAGUACCAGCCUUUGAAACCCAGAGAUACAGAUUUUCUUUUCCAACUACUAAAGCAGAACUACUGUCACUGUUAGAUUCAGGAGAGCUGUACACAUUCAGAUACCAUGUUUGGGCAAAAGGUCAUGCGGCGACUAAUUAUGAGAAGUGGAGAAAUGCCACAGAACCUUAUACUGUAAAAUGGGAACAAGAUUUUGAACCGUAUGUAGCUGUAAGCAAGAAUAUACCUCAGUUUGAUCAACGCUUUGUAGGCUUUGGCUGGAACAAAGUCUCACACAUCAUGCAGCUAGAUGCUGAAAGGUAUGAAUAUGUAGUAUUACCAAAUGCUUUCAUGAUACAUAUGCCACAUGCUCCUAGCUUUGAUAUAGCAAAGUUCAGGUCUAGCUCAUUAUAUAGAAGGUGCUUAAAGACAUUGAAAGCAGAAUUCCAAAGAGAUCUUUCACAGAAAUAUGGAAUUAAAGCAUUGAAGUAUUUAUCAGUUGAUUAAGUAAAAUCCAAGUUUGUUUGAUUAAAGUGAACUUUUUUUGACCAUCCUAUACAAAUUAUAACUCAAGUUCUAUUGAGAUUAUCAAUGAAUUCAUUAGAAUUUCAGGUUCCAUCAAAGAUCAUAAUGAUAAACAUGUAUUGAUCGCAAGCAUUUCAUACAUCAGCAAAAUUUUAGUUUAUAGCUCAGACGUCUUAAAGGGAGGUCCCAUCAUUUUAUAUUAUCAUUCUUUUAAUAUGCUUGUUAUAGCUUUCAUGGCAUAAUUUUAUACAUAAAAGUCAUGCUGUUCUUUAUGUUAUGCAUUUUUUAGCUCACAAAGUGACAAGGUGAGCUUUUGUGAUCACGCAGCGUCCGUUGUCCGUGCGUGGUGCGUAAUCUUUUGCUUGUGACCACUCUAGAGGUCACAUUUUUCAUGUGAUCUUUAUAAAAGUUGGUCAGAAUGUUCAUCUUGAUGAUAUCUAGAUCAAGUUCGAAACUGGGUCACAUGCGGUCCAAAACUAGGUCAGUAGAUCUACAAAUAGAUAAACCUUGUGACCUCUCUAGAGGCUAUACUUUUCAAUGGAUCUUCAUGAAAAUUGGUCAGAAUGUUCAUCUUGAUGAUAUCUAGGUCAAGUUCGAAACUGGGUCACGUGCCAUCCAAAACUAGGUCAGUAGGUCAAAUAAUAAAAAAACCUUGUGACCUCUCUAGAGGCCAUAUUUUUCAUGGGAUCUGUAUGAAAAUUAAUCUGAAUGUACAUCUUGAUGAUAUCUAGGUGAAGUUUGAAACUGGGUCAACUGCGGUCAAAAACUAGGUCAGUAGGUCUAAAAAUAGAAAAACCUUGUGACCUCUCUAGAGGCCAUACUUUUGAAUGGAUCUUCAUGAAAAUUGGUGAGAAUGUUCACCUUGAUGAUAUCUAGGUCAAAUUUAAAACUGGGUCACGUGCCAUCAAAAACUAGGUCAGUAGGUCAAAUAAUAAAAAAAACCUUGUGACCUCUCUAGAGACCAUAUUUUUCAUGGGAUCUGUAUGAAAGUUGGUCUGAAUGUUCAUCUUGAUGAUACCUAGGUCAGUUUCGAAACUGGGUCAACUGCGGUCAAAAACUAGGUCAGUAGGUCUAAAAAUAGAAAAACCUUUUUACCUCUCUAGAGGCCAUAUUUUUCAUGGAUCUUCAUGAAAAUUGGUCUGAAUGUUCACCUUGAUGAUAUCUAGGUAAAUUUCGAAACUGGGUCACGUGCGGUCAAAAACUAGGUCAGUAGGUAUAAAAUUAGAAAAACCUUGUGACCUCUCUAGAGGCCAUAUUUUUCAUGAGAUCUUCAUGAAAAUUGGUGAGAAUGUUCACCUUGAUGAUAUCUAGGUCAAGUUCAAAACUGGGUCCCAUGCCUUCAAAAACUAGGUUCUUAGGUCAAAUAAUAGAAAAACCUUGUGACCUCUCUAGAUGCCAUACUUUUCAGUGGAUCUUCAUGAAAAUUGGUCAGAAUUUUUAUCUUGAUGAUAUCUAGGUCAAGUUCAAAACUGGGUCACAUGAGCUCAAAAACUAGGUCACUAUGUCAAAUAAUAGAAAAAACGACGUCAUACUCAGUUCAAAACUGGGUCAUGUGGGGACAGGUGAGCGAUUCAGGACCAUCAUGGUCCUCUUGUUUACAUAGAGAGAUCUUUGUUUAUGUGUUCAUUUGUUCAGAUGGAAUUUGUUAGUGGAUCUCAGUAUUACAAUGAUUUUAAUAGUGUAUUUUGUAUAUAAUUAGAAUUAUAAACGAGACUAUGCAAAGUAUAUGGAGAGUUAUCCUACUUGACCUUGCUUCUUGGACUGCAUCCAGAUGCCUGGAUAUGGUUUUGAUGUACUUUCACUUUAUCUUUGUUAUUACUUGAUUGAUUUGAUUCAAGCUUAUGAUAGUUGUUCCACAUCUUCACUCACAUAAUAUGACACAAGUUCCAUAACUCUGGUUCCAGUAUUUUAUGAUUAUGCCCCAGUUUACUUGAAGUUUUGAUGAAUUUUCCAGUCUACCAUCUUUAUUUAUGGAUAUGAUUCAGAGAUAAAACAUUUGUUCCACAUCUUCACCCUAACCAUAUGAGAUAAGGGCCAUUUCCCUUGCAAAAUCCCUGUCAAAUAGCACUUUUUAUUUACCACGGUAAUCUGUUCUGUGAUAGCUUUAGUUUCUGAGUGUUGCCCUUAUUGAAAUAGUCGAAUGCACUGUCUUCUUUGACAGCUCUUCUUUAGUAUGUGGAUUAAUUUAAUAUUAGAAAAUAUUAGAAUUAAGUUGCACAUGUUCUAGUUUUCAAGGAAUUUUUUGUUUUUAAAAAAAGAUAACCUUUUGUAUAUACAUAUACAUGUAGAAAGAGACCGAUACAUUGUCUUCCCAUUUCAUGUCUUUACAAAUUGUAGAUUAUCACCAACUCUUACCAGUUUUAACUGUGCAAUGUCAUGCACACAAGGCAAUGUCACACACAAAAUCAUGACGUUACAGUGUUAUAUUGAAAUAUUCUUGAGUUUUUUUUUUUUUAUUUAUUUUACAUUUAAUACCAUGGAGUGUAUAUCUUUAUAUAUAUUAGAUAAUUUGUUGACCAUCUAAUGAAAAUAAGUUUAGCAGUAACACAGUGCAGUAAAAUGAAAGCAAACUUAAUUCAUUAGCAGUUCAAUAAGUGAUUUUUUAACAUAUAUAUAGUUUAACAUGUAAAACUGUUGGUAACCAUUUAUAGCUGCCAUGUUUGCCCACAAAAUGAUCUACUUUAUGAAUUUGCUUUAUUGGUACUUUGUAACCUGGCAAAAUAAACCUAUGAACGAGUCAACAAUUUUGAAAAUCUCUGGUUGCUGAUUGGCUGUUUAGGGUAGUUAAAUUGUAAGUGUUUUUGUAGUUAUUUGUAUACUUCUGUUUCUUUACUGAUAUAUAUUUUGAUAAUUUCAGAUAUCUAUAAUUUUUAUGCUUUGCGUUCUACCCAAGUACAUGAAAAUUGUAAAAUGAAAAUCCUACUGUUUGAAACAUGUAACUCACUGUUAUCUUUCAAUAAACAACUGACAAACAUAAAAUAAAAUGAUGGUUGUCAUCAGAUAUAAAGAUCUGUAUAUAAUAUUCUUUUACAUUUUAGUAUGUUAACACUUGAAUUUUUAAGGUUCAUAUGAAAAUAUUUACAUGUAUUUUAGAUUUUUGAACAGUUGGAUAACUUUACACAUCAGUGCUAAAGUUUCAUUGGGCAUUGUUACAUGUAUAUACAUAUAGUAUUAAAUUCAGUUUGCUCCUUUAGCACACUUGUACCACUUGUAACUUCAUGCCAAAUGUAUAUUCAUCUAAACUUGAUGUAUUUGAAAAUGGGUUAAAGAUUUCAACAUGAGGAUGUGUAUGUUCUGAUAUUACUGUAUGUAAGAUGAUACAAAAGUAAUGACAAUUUCCAUUUAUUUAUCACCGAGCUUCCAGUACUUAUUGUAACACAUUUUGUCCUUUGUUCAAUAAAAAAAGCUCAUUACCUUUGGUUUAAAAAGAUAUUUUGAAUAUUGUGAAUUCAUCAAUAUUUAUGGGAACAAAUUUUUGUGGUUAAGUAAAUAAAUUUAAGUUAAUCCCAAUGAAAAAGUAAAACUCUCCAGUUCAUUAUAUGUUGAGAAGUCGAAAUUAUCGAAUUCAUAUCCCCACGAAAUAGCCAUUUUUUCCCAAACCACGAAAUUUUGUGCCAACAAAAUUAAAUGAUAUUACCGUACAUGGCUGAUGAUCUCUGUGCAUAUUUAUCAUACCACAAGAUAUAUGCUACAUGGUUGCUAUAUUUGAGUCACAAGCAGUUAGUCUGUCAGUAAUUCCUUUCUGGAGAUGUAUCCCUGAAACUUUUUAAUGAAUUUUCAAAUUCCACUCAACAGCCUGGAGUAUAUCAUGAAAACCUGUAUAUUUUUCAAAAUAUACAACCCUAUUCACUAAGUCAAAGGUCAAGGUUACACUUGAAAGUCAAAGGUCGAGUAGCUUUAUUCCAAAAGGUUUGUCAUUAUACAAAUAAAUCUUUUUCACAACCAUUAUACAAUGAAAAUUCAUGACCCAAGGAUACAGGGUCCAAGGUCACACUUUUAGGUCAAAGGUGAAACAGCUUUAUUUUAUGUUGCUCCAUAUCUUCUUAAACUAGGUUGCUAAGGCAAGGUCACACCUGAAGGUCAGAGUUCCUGUUCUUUUUUUUUCUUUCCCUGUAUCAAAGCAGAUUCUUCGGGUAUAAAUCACCUUCAGUGAUAGCUCAAGGUCUGCAUAAUAUUAUAUUAGAUGAUUUUAAGCCUUGCUAGCCAUCCAGUUUAAGGUUCAUUCAACACAAUAGUUUUAACUUAGGUUAAUAUGAAGGGAUCUCUGUUAUACAAGUAGAGCAUAGGAAAAUAAGUAACCGUUUUUAGGGCAAGUGUAGUGGAAAAUGAAAAAAAAAUCCUUAUAGUCGUAUUUCAUUAAGAAAUAAUUUAUAGCAAAAGAGUGCUUUAACACUAUUAAUGCACGAUGGGCGGUUAUAAGUUGGGUGUAAUAAUUUCACGAGGGCGCAGCCCGAGUGAAAUUAUUUGUACGACGUAUUACCGCCCGAGUGUAUAAAUAGUGUUAAAACACUGUUUUUCUAUAAAUUAUUUCAAUUCUAAUAUGCCUUUAAUCUAAAACAGUAGAUAAAAUAUAGCAGCGCUCUUUCUUGGUCGCAACAAAAACUUUGACGUCACCGCACGUUAACGUGACGUCAUUCUAGCGUCGCGUGUUUUAUCAGAGACAAGCAUAUUAGAAUAUUAGAUACAGCACUUCAUACAAAGUGUGUAAAAAAGGUAGUAGUAUUUUAUUUAUAUUUUUGCAUAAUUAUCUUAGUAUUGUUAAUUUAUUUUGUUAGAAUGCCAGUUUUAAUAAAUACUGUUGAACAGUG